AUGGCAAAACGGAACCCGAGGAUCGCGACCGCGGUGCAGGCAAUACCGGAGCGAGGCUACCCGGACUUGCACGAACAUCUCCAGCGCCUGGACGACGCCGGGCUGCUGAUCCGGGUGGCGCGCCCGGUGGACAAGGACCAGGAGAUGCACCCGCUGGUGCGCUGGCAGUUCAGGGGAGGGAUCAAGGAACGGGACCGGAAGGCGUUCCUGUUCGAGCAGCCCGUGGACGCCAAGGGCAAACGCUACGACAUCCCGGUGGCCAUCGGGGUACUGGCGGCCAACCGGCGCAUCUAUCGCAUCGGGUUGGGGUGCGACGAAGACACCGACAUCAACGCCUUGUGGAGCGAGGCGAGAACGAACCCCGUGGCGCCGGUGGAGAUCCCCUCGUCGGCCGCGCCGGUGCACGAGGUGAUCAUCUCGGGAGCGCAGCUCAAGAGCCGGGGCAAGGGCAUGGACGGCAUCCCGGUUCCCAUAUCCACGCCCGGCUGGGACAACGCGCCCUACGUGAGCGCGGCCCAUUUCGUCUCACGCGAUCCCGACAGCGGGGUGUACAACAUCGGCACCUAUCGGGCCAUGAUCAAGGCCCGGACCCGGGUCGGGUGCAAUCCGUCCAUCGAGCUGGGGCAGGGGAUCUACCGGCAUUGGCUGAAGUACCGGGAGCGGGGCGAGAAGAUGCCGGUGGCGCUGUGCAUCGGCGGCGUGCCCGCCAUCUCCUACGUGGCGGCGCAGAAGCUUGCCUACGACCUCGACGAGUUCUCGGUGGCCGGCGGCCUGGUGAAGGCGCCCAUCCGGGUGACUCAGGCCCGCACCGUGCCGCUGAUGGUGCCCGCGGACGCGGAGAUCAUCGUCGAGGGCUUCGUCUCCACCGAGUGGCUGGAGCCCGAGGCGCCGUUCGGCGAGUCCCACGGCCACGUCAACCCCAAGGAAUACAACCCGUUCAUGGAGGUCACCUGCAUCACCCGGCGCCGCGACGCCAUCCUCUGCUCCAUCAUCAGCCAGAUGACGCCGUCGGAGUCGAGCGUGAUCAAGAAGAUGGCCUACGAGCCCCUCUACCUCGAGCACCUGCGGGACGGCAUCGGCGUGAAGAGCGUCGUGCGGGUGAUGCUCCACGAGCCCUUGACCGCAACACAGAAGCUCACGGUGAUCCAGAUGCGCAAGCCCAGCCCCGCGGAGGUGUGGCGCGCGCUCAUGGGCGCGGUGGCCUUUCCGUCCCGCCAUGUCGAAAAUCGUCAUCGCGGUGGACGAGGACAUCGACCCCGACAACCUCGACGCCGUGUUCUGGGCCAUGGGCUAUCGUUCCAAGCCGCACCGUGA